UCAGUCAGAGAAGGAAUAGACACAGCCCUCUAUCCAGCUGAACAAAUAGAUAUUUUCUGAGCUCACUCAACAGCAAACGAUUAUUAUUUAAUUAAAAUAUUUAUUUCUGAAGUAAAAUAGGCUUAUUUGAAUACAGUUUUGUCUGGUAUCAUUACACUCAAUGGAUAUUUGGAAAUUUCAGCUGGUAAUAGUUACCCUGUAUUCCCUGGUGUAUACAUGUCAAGGAUUGUAUUUUAGUGUUGACAAGGAACACUGGGUAUCCAAAGACUGGCAGCCACUGGAGAAGAGGUUGGCCAGCCAAGUGGCUAGUCUGAUUAAGAGAUCUAAAGCCCAUCAGUUCUACGGGCUCAUGGGCAAACGCUCAGAUGAUCAGCCGCAGCCUAUUGGAGUGAAUAGAAGACGAAAUAAAGGGGAGAUGUUUGUUGGACUUAUGGGAAGAAGAGCAUCGAGUGGGGAAUCGUUCACAAGAAUCAUUCCAGAUGCUACAAGCACUGCGAUCGAUAUCGCCGAAGGAUCACACACACAACCAGAUUCACAAGAGGCAUGGGACCAACUCCUGUAUGACUACAGCUAAUAAAAAAGAUUCAGAUUUGAUUGUUUACAAUGAUCUAUACAAUGUUGAUAUCAACGCAUAAAAAAAGAAACAACAGUAUCUCAUACUUUUAAGAAAAAAUGCUGUCUUUAAGGUAUCCAAGUUCAUGCCGAUGAUUAUUGUGUAUUCUAACCCCAAAAAAGCACUUGUCUCUGCAAACAACUGCCACUGUGUUGAAUGGAAUAAAAGGCCAGGAAUG